CGCCAGCCACCGUCCGAUUCACACACCGUUUGAACGUUUGGCCACAGUUGUACUUUCAAUAUGUCUGAACUGAAAAUACGCCCCAUACCCGAAGCUCUCCAGAAGAAAGCCAACAAGGAACUUAACGAAAAUGUUCAGCUGCUGUCCAGUGAGCUGGAAACCAUCAGAACUUGGAUAAAACAAUCCGGGCACCUUCGAGCUAGAACGGAUGACCAAUUCUUGGUGGGAUUUCUGAGAGCCUGCAAACACAGCAUCGAGCGGCUCAAGGAGAAGAUGGACAUAUACUACUCGAUUCGAUCCGUGCUGCCGGAAGUAAUGGACAAGAGAGAUCCACUGAAUCCGUUUGUCCGGAAGGUCAUUCAAAUGGGUGUUACUAUUCCACUACCGAAGACUGUGAAUCCGGAUGACCCGAAAAUCGUCUUAAUCCGAGCAGGUGCAUUCGACGGAGAUUUCUGCGAUUUCCCGGAUAUUCUCAAAGUAUUCACAAUGAUCGCCGACCUGCAACUGCGGGACGACGACCAAAUGGUGAUUUGUGGCCAGACGGCCAUAAUCGAUCUGGGUAACUCUUCCAGCGGGCACUUUUUCAACUUCAACGUGUCUUUCCUGAAGAAGGCUGCCAUCCUGAACCAACAAGGUUCCCCGCUGCGCCAGAAGGAGUUCCACUUCAUCAACACCCCGAAAGGGUUCGACAUUGUGGUUAGUUUGUUCCGGAGUCUGAUGACCGAGAAGAAUCGUGGCAAAACGAUCGUCUCUCACGGUUCGGAUGUUAAAUCGUUGCAGAAAUAUUUCCCCAAAUCUGUGCUUCCUACCGAAUAUGGGGGUGAUUUGGGUCCAGUCCAACAAUAUGUGGACUAUUGGGAGCAAAGACUGAUAGACGAUCAAGAGUACCUGAUUGGAGAGCAAAAGUUUGGAGUGGAUGAAAGUAAACGACGAUCUACGAAUCCACUGUCGGAGGAAAAGGACUUGUUUGGAACGGCUGGUACGUUCCGAAAACUAGAGUUUGAUUGAGAAUCAUGACAAUCAUUCUGGAGCAAGAUGGUCUAAUUUUUAAAUUGAUAAG